ACCCCGGUGCCGACACUUGGAUCUCAGCCGGUCUCACAAGUGGCGGACGGGCCCCGGAGCUCCGGUGUUCUCCUUCUUCUCCUCCGAGACUUUCCUACCAGCAGCUAACGCUCCGUGACCAUGGGUGACUGGAGCGCUCUGGGCCGCCUGCUGGACAAGGUCCAGGCCUACUCCACCGCCGGGGGCAAGGUCUGGCUGUCGGUGCUCUUCAUCUUCCGGAUCCUGGUCCUGGGCACCGCCGUGGAGUCGGCGUGGGGAGACGAGCAGUCGGCGUUCAAAUGCAACACGCAGCAGCCCGGCUGCGAGAACGUGUGCUACGACAAGUCCUUCCCCAUCUCCCACGUGCGCUUCUGGGUCCUCCAGAUCAUCUUCGUGUCGACGCCCACCCUCCUGUACCUGGCGCACGUCUUCUACCUGAACCGGAAGGAGCAGAAGUUCAACCGCAAGGAGGAGCUGCUCCGCGCCGUGCAGAACGACGGCGGCGACGUCGACAUCCCGCUGAAGAAGAUCGAGAUGAAGAAGCUCAAGUACGGCAUCGAGGAGCACGGCAAGGUCAAGAUGAAAGGCGCCCUGCUCAGAACCUACGUCGUCAGCAUUCUCUUCAAGUCCAUGUUCGAGGUGGGCUUCCUGGUCAUCCAGUGGUACAUCUACGGCUUCAGCCUCGACGCCGUGUACACCUGCGAGAGGGACCCGUGCCCGCACAGGGUGGACUGCUUCCUGUCGCGGCCCACGGAGAAGACGGUGUUCAUCAUCUUCAUGCUGGUGGUGUCCCUGGUGUCCCUGAUGCUCAACGUCAUCGAGCUGUUCUACGUGUUCUUCAAGAGGAUCAAGGACCGCAUGAAGGGCCGCCAGCCGCCCGUCGUCUACCCCAGCGGGAACACGUUGAGCCACACCCCCAAAGACCCGUCCGCCGCCAAGUACGCCUACUACAACGGCUGCUCCUCGCCCACGGCGCCGCGGUCGCCCUUGUCCCCGCCGGGCUACAAGCUGGCCACGGGGGAGCGCGUUGGCGGCGGCGGCGGCGGCACCGGCUCGUGCCGCAACUACAGCAAGCAGGCCGCCGAGCAGAACUGGGCCAACUACUCCACGGAGCAGCACCGGCCGGGCCAGAACGGCGGCGGCGGCGGCGGCAGCACGAUCUCAAACUCCCACGCGCAGGCCUUCGACUUCCCCGACGACACGCAGGAGCACAAGAAGCUGCCGCCGCCGCCGCCGGCCGCGCACGAAAUGCAGCCGCUGGCGCUGAUGGACGCCAGGCCGUGCAGCCGGGCCAGCAGCCGCAUGAGCAGCCGACCCAGGCCCGACGACCUGGACGUGUGAAGCGCCGGUGAACCCCCCCCGCCCAGAAUGACGGCUUCAACCGGAGAGUCAGAAAACACUCCAUCGCAAAUGUCCAGACAGGAGGCGGGGCUAAGACAGGAGGCGGGGCUCCAGCUGAGACACAUCGCAACUUGUUAUGUAACACUGUCGAAAAAAAGGUACAAGUUGCAAAUGUGUUGUUCUUUGUUUUGUUUUCAGAGACUUUUACCGUAGAGCGGGGCCGGCUCUGAGAGAACAGAGGGGCCACAAGAGGGGGGGGGGGGGGCAUUUAAAGGAAAAAGGUCUUCUUCUUGUCUUCGUAGUUUCUGCUCUUCUUACUGUUGGUGGCAGGAUCUUUGCAUGAGAGAGAUGAGAGGUGUGGGGACGGCUUCACAACGGGGUGCCUUCUUAGUUAUGUGGGGUUUUUGUGACCAGUUACUUCGCUCGAGCUUUUGUCAAUUUAAAACGAAAAAGAAAAGGAAAGUCCAGUCGCUGCAACAAACCGAUCUCCAAACACGUCGCCGCCGAUCGAUUUGGAAAAUUGAAAACUCGCGUGAAAGUUUUCUCACUCAAACUAUUGAGUGAGAAAAUGAAUCUGAACGUCGUCGCGCCUUCUGUUUGACCGUAAACGCUCGAGUCCCCGUUUAAAAAAACAUUUCAGACAAAGAACACGUAAAGUGGAGAAGGCUUAAUAUCUGUUGUGGUGAAUAUGUAUUGCUUGUUAUCCGUAGGACACCUACCACUAAGAGGAAACAUUUGACUACUAUCCAGUCUCACUCACAGAUAACAUCUUCCAUCAACUCCCCACAAACUGGAUAUUUAUUGACAGUAAAACAUCUUUUUUCUUCCUCUUUAGUAACUCGGUCAGUCAGCGCGGACUGCUCUGUUGCUUCCUGAUAAACUUUGAAUUUAUGUGGUGUCGUGUUUUCAUUUUGUGGUUUCCAUUUGUCUUUUUUUUUUUGGGUGGUGGUGGGGGGGGGGGGGCGAGGGGUUCAGGCUCUCAUAAAGAAAGGCUUUAUUACUGUUAUAUCUUUUUUUUCUUCCUUCCCAUCUUUUGCGGGCUGUAGAGGAAGACAGUAGAGUGAUUUAUCUGCGUUUUUACAUAUUUGAGUGAAUGAUCUUUUUAUUUUCUGACUCAAUGUAACCUUUGCCACUUGAGAAAUAGAUAUUUAGUUCUGUAAAUCAAGCCAACUGUGUCACAAUAAAAACAAUGUGAGUUUUUAGAAGACUGCUUAUAGAUCUGGACUAAUAUUUAGUCAAUUAUGUUCAAAUGUAUGCCGAUGUAGCUCCACAACGACCACAAUCUCAAUUUGGGCCUUUUUUCUCUCUUUCUUUUUCUGUCAUUUCAAAGACAAUAGUCAUUGGUGCAUCAUGUUGUCGGUACUUACAUGUGUCCUGGAUCUUUCAGCUACAAUGGCAUUUGCACUGAGAUCUUGCAGAGAGAGAUGUAAUGUGAUGCGCACAGUUAGUGGGAAGAGUUUUCUGAUACACUUGUUACUAAUUUAUUUUAUAACACAGAAAUCACUACAGUGCACGAUAUCGGACAUCUGACCACCGAUGUCAUCGCCUGUUUCUGUGAGAGAUGUCUUCCAUUGACCGGAACAGGAGCAAUUAGUCACGUGUUGCCAUAAUUCAAUGCUAAUUCGCAGGGAUCCACUGUUGUACAGUGUAAGUGCAUGAUAGCAAAACAAAAAACCAUUCAUUGUAUCUGUAAAAAGCAAUUUUAACCAAUAAAUAUUUUUUCUGUCUUA